UCAAUGUUGAGAUUAAAAUGUACUUUGGGUCUUUUUAUAGCGGGGAUAUUUUUUGAAUUGACCAAAUCAUUGUAAUCCUACAUUCAGUCAUAGAACCGUAUCACUCACUUCUGGGAGAGUAUCGAACUAUUUUACCACGCGGAGUGAUACGCAUGUAGCUCAAUCAUUGGAUGGAUGAAGAACGUAUUUGAAAAGUGGCUGACUAUCGUUCCAAAUUAGAAGUUCAUCAAUUAGAGUGCAUCAAUUAAAAGAAUGAGCGGAAACCGGAUGAAGUAUUGAUAACUAGAACCUAAAGUGAGUGAAAUACACCAACGAUGAGCUGUGACCUUGGACACAAUGGUGCUGAGCCGUGAGGUUUUGGCUUGGUUGGUCUGGGGUGCUCUCCUGGGAGUCAUCUGCUUGCCCCUGCAGUCAUUUGGAUACUUCGGAUUGACUGCUCGCGGUCCUGUACUGAGUUUAAGUUUACAAAUAGAAGAGAACUCAACUGGGGAUAGCGUUGUUGGCAAGCACGAAAGGAAUAGUCGACAAACUGCCGCAAAGAUUUGCGAACUUUUAAAGUUGCAAAAGAAGCAGAAGAGAAUGUGCAUGAGAUGGUUAGGAACCGCGGAGACCUUAGUAGAAGCGGUGCGACUAUCGGCAAUAGAAUGCCAUAGUCAAUUUAGUUACGAACGUUGGAAUUGUACUAUGGGACAGUUUAGAAUGAACCUAUUGAAGAAAGGAUUCAAGGAGACCUCGUUUCUGCAUGGGGUGACAUCAGCAGGGUUAGUACACGCGUUCGCUCGGGCGUGUAGCCGGGGCAGGAUAGACCGGUGCACGUGUGAUGAGAGUUUCAACGAAAAGAAAAAUAAGGAAACAUGGCGAUGGGGCGGAUGCGGUGAUAAUAUAAAAUUUGGACAGAAAUUCAGUAGACAUUUUCUAAAAGCCAGUAAGCGAUCUGGCCAAGAUCUGAAGGCGAAGGUUGACAGGCACAACAGCAAUGUUGGAAUACGGAUUGUGAGAGACCGUAUGAAAACGACUUGCAAAUGUCACGGUGUGUCAGCAACAUGCACGGUGAAGACGUGCUGGCGUCAACUCGCACCUUUUCAUGAGAUAGGGAACGUUCUAAAAGACAAAUACGAAAAUGCUUACAAAGUUUUAUCAACUCUUUUACUGUUAUCACAACCUUUUAACAGUCAACAAGGCAAGAAAAAUCGUGUACGAGGUAUCAAAUGGUGGAGCUUGGGUCUUACAGGUCUCCUACCAGCAAAGGUCCACACUAAUAGUGUUCUCAACCCGUCCGCACCCAUGUACAUAAACCCCAGUCUUCAGCCCCUCACGCGCAAGCAGCGCAGACUAGUCACCAAGAACCCGGGAACCAUUUUAGCAGUGGCAAAGGGAGCCAAAGUCGCCAUCGAUGAAUGCGCUUACCAGUUCAAAAAUCGUCGCUGGAAUUGUCCAACCGAUGACAAAGAAGAUAACGUUUUUGGCAAAAUAUUAUAUGAUGGAUGCCGAGAGACAGCGUUUAUCUAUGCCAUCACCAGUGCAGCUAUAUCGCAUACAGUAGCACAGUCUUGCAGCGACGGCAGCGUAUACACCUGCAGCUGUGAUUACACCCCUCAAAACACCAUAGGAGGCCAAAACUGGGAAUGGGGAGGCUGUAGCGACAACGCAGACUUUGGCUAUGAUUUCUCGCAAGAUUUUAUCGAUGUUGUCGAGAAAGGGCGAGAUUUAAGGUGUAUGAUGAAUCUCCAUAACAACGAGGCAGGAAGAACGACGGUCAUCCAGGAACUAAGACAAGAAUGCAAAUGCCACGGGAUGUCAGGGAGUUGCACGAUGAAGACGUGUUGGAAGAAAUUGGCUCCAUUCAGGGUAGUCAGUCACAAACUGAAGGACAGAUUCGAUGGAGCAUCCAGAGUUUUUCAAGGUAACUCUGGAAGCAGACGGGGUUCAAGGUCACGCAGUUCUCGUUAUAAUCUCGUGCCCGUGAAUAUGGACCAUAAGGUACCAGGAGUGGUAGACUUAGUUUAUUACGAGAAGUCGCCUACAUUCUGCGAGGCUGACAAUUAUUUGAACUCGAGGGGGACUCGAGGGAGAGAGUGCAAUGCCACAUCUAUAGGUGUAGAUGGGUGUGAUCUAAUGUGCUGUGGACGUGGUCACACAAGUGAGACUUAUUUAGUUCGGGAGAGAUGCAAUUGUACCUUUCACUGGUGUUGUACUGUAAACUGCGAUAUCUGCACGAGAUCACGGAUCAGGAACACGUGUUUGUGAAACAAUAUGUCACGUGACUUAAGCAACCGACGAAGAUUUUAGAACCGGAAGUGUACCGUCAGAUAAAUGAAACCGAACAUUUAACGGGACAUAAUUUAAGUGGGGACUCAAAAUACCCGUCGAUAGACACGAAUUUGUCCGUGGAUACCCAAGUGUCGCAACUCAUUCAGCAUUCAACAAAAGUGAUCUUAUAAACGAUCACAUUUAAGAGCUUAGAAAAUAGAAUUAUCUAUUGAACAAUAUAUUGACCUGAUUUAAAUCACAUUGGUAUGAAGCCAUGUCGACAGUACAAAGGCAUUUAGCACAAUAUAUCAAUACUGAAAGAUGGACAGAGAAUCAUAAUCAUGUACAUAGUUAAACAAGAAAUUAAAUCUAUUUAUUUUCAGUCUAAAACUG